AUGGGUCUUUCACCAUUGCAGAAGUGCACCGCUGCUCUUCAUAUUCUAGCAUAUGGAUCAUCAGCCGACAGUGUGGAUGACUAUGUUCGAAUUGGAGAAAGCACGACAUUAAAGUGCUUAGACAGGUUUGUAAUAGGCGUGUGCACACUAUUUGGUGCUCAAUACAUAAGAAGUCCAAACAAUGAAGACAUUGCACACCUACUACAAAUUAACACUGCACGCGGCUUUCCAGGUUCUAACAAUGACAUUAAUGUGUUAAACAAGUCAGAUGUAUUUAAUGAUGUUGUGAAUGGAAAAGCUCCUGCAGUGUAA